AAGAGAGCUCGUCCAUUUGAAGGGGCUUCGCAAGGGUUGUUGUAGGGUCUUUCGGUGGUCUUCCAGGAUAUAAGACAUCAUGUCUGACGCAGCGAUCAGCUUCUUGAUAGAUUUCAUGGCAGGUGGUGUGGCCGCUGCCAUCUCCAAGACCGCAGUUGCCCCUAUUGAAAGAGUCAAACUGCUACUGCAGGUCCAGCAUGCCAGCCAACAGAUCACAGUUGACAAACAGUACAAAGGAAUCAUCGACUGCGUAGUGAGAAUUCCCAAAGAGCAAGGAUUCUUGUCCUUCUGGAGAGGCAAUCUUGCCAACGUCAUCAGAUACUUCCCAACACAAGCCCUUAACUUUGCCUUCAAGGACAAGUACAAGAAGGUUUUCCUUGGGGGAGUGGACAAGAACACCCAGUUCUGGCGCUACUUUGCCGGUAAUCUGGCCUCUGGUGGCGCGGCCGGUGCCACAUCCCUGUGCUUCGUCUAUCCUCUCGACUUUGCCAGAACAAGGCUUGCUGCUGACAUUGGCAAAGGCGCGGCAGAGAGAGAGUUUUCCGGUCUGGGUAACUGCCUUACCAAGAUCUUCAAGUCUGAUGGUAUUAAAGGUCUUUAUCAGGGCUUCAAUGUGUCCGUCCAGGGCAUUAUUAUCUACAGAGCUGCUUACUUUGGUGUCUACGAUACAGCUAAAGGUAUGCUGCCCGACCCCAAGAACACACACAUUGUUAUUAGCUGGAUGAUCGCCCAGACUGUCACAGCUGCCGCUGGUAUUAUUUCAUAUCCAUUCGACACCGUCAGACGUCGUAUGAUGAUGCAGUCAGGACGCAAAGGAGCUGACAUCAUGUACAAGGGCACAAUCGACUGCUGGAAAAAGAUCAUCAAGGAUGAGGGUCCCAAAGCGUUCUUCAAGGGUGCCUGGUCCAACGUGCUCAGAGGCAUGGGCGGUGCAUUUGUACUGGUCCUGUACGACGAGAUCAAGAAGUUCACAUAAACAUUCUCCAUUCAUCUUGUCCUUCCCACCCAAGGAAACCCUUUAGCGACGUGUAUGUUUUAAUUGUAACCAGGAAGAUAUUGAAGAGGGGUGUACUUAGCCAAGCUGGCCCAGGGGUGGGUUGUGAUCACGUGAUAGUACGAGACCACUGCACCCUCCACGCCGAUACUUGUAAAUAUAUUUAAAUCUAGUCCCAAUGGCCCUCAGUUUAGAUGACUUUCAGUCUGGUCAGAUUGAAAGUGAUUUUUUCCUUGAUUUAUUUAUUUAAAUUAUUUGACCUUAAAUCUCUCUAAUAAUAGAGUCUACAUGCCCUACAGUGGCUCUUUUCUUCUGCAGCUAGCUGACCACACUUACUCACCGACUGAAGCAAGUGGCUGUACACUGGAAGUUUGAUUGUUCAUGUGGUGUGUUCCACCUUAUGUGUUCUUUUAAUAAGAAUAAACAAGAAAUACAUAUAU